AUGGUUAUUUUGAAUAUUUGGAAGAUUGUUUUAAAUGGUAUUUGUUUAUUAUUGAUUUAGUCCAUCUAUAAUUAAAGAAAACUUAAUAAAUUGUUUGGAAUGUUUAAAUAAUCCAAAGGAAUGGUAUAAAAAGCCAUUCUGCAUAUUUGAUCUGUAUUUUGAUGAUGAAGGAGGUACUCAAUAAUAAAUUUAUUCGUCUACUACUUAUUUUUUUCUUGACGGUGUAGAAGUUACACUAUGCUUAUUUUGUGAAGGAACUAAUUUUACUGAUGUAGAGGAUUAGUAUUUGGAUUAUUAGUAUUAAAAUCUAAAUUUUAAAACAUUUUGCUAAGGUUCGAGUCUUGUUGAUUUUCAAUGUUAUAAAUGUUAACUUCCAGGUUGCUUCAUUUGCAAUUUAUCAAUUUAAGGCCAAUAAUGCCUUAAAUGUGUGUAUAAUAGAUAAUUGAUUAAUGGGUAAUGUAUCUACAUAUAUGACAUUGAUCCUACAUACACCUGUAGAUCUCCUUGGUAUGUAACAUCCAAGAAGAAAUGUACUUUAUGUCCAAUAAGUAAAUGUAAGUAUUGCUUUGAAUACUAAACUAAUAAUCUGUAUAAAAGUACAUUGUAUCAAAAUUUUGAAAGUUUUAUCGAAGGAGAAAGUUUUGAAGUAGGGUGUGCUCUUUGUGAGGACAACUAUAUAUUUAAUUUUAUUACUAAAAAAUGUAUUUAUUAAAAACCAAAACUUUCAAAUUGUUUAAGAGCAUAUAUUAAUCAGGAUGAUCAGGAAGUUUGCACUUUAUCUGAAAUUGAUGAUUUUACUGUUGCUCCUGAAAUUGUAAACUGUCAAAAAUAUAUACCUAAUUGUUUAUAAUGUUUGUUGUCUCCUGAAUCAACUUUAAAAUGCAUAAUUUGCUCAGAAGGGUACACAACUUCGAUCACAAAUGGAGAUUGCUAUAAAAAUGAUCUAACGAAUACAAUAAUAGUAAUUGAGGGGGAUAUCUCAUUAAAGAAUGGUUGGAUUUAAAGAAUUUAAAGUUUUAUGAUGCAAUUCUUACCAAACAAAUAUUUUUAUCCCAAAUCAGGUGCAGAAUCAUAUAUUAAGGGGGUAAUUGUGGAAUGUCAGUAAGGUUAUAAAGAAGGCGGGAACUCUAUAUGUGAAAAAUUUUGUGAUUCCUCGUGUCUAUCCUGUUUAACAAAUGCGGAUGGGUUUUAUUGUGCAAAAUGUCCUUUGAACUAUUAUUAACAGCCUAUAAGAGAUUAAUAACAAGGAGAGUGUUCUGAGUGUCCUCAACUAUGCAAAAUAUGUUAAAGUAGAACUACAGAAGAGAUUUAUGUAAUUUAUAAUUAUUAUUAUUAUAGUAAGCAUAACCUAGCUAUGUCUUAGACGAUUCAAAUUACAUUUAUACUAAGAAAUGUUUAAGACCUAUUAAAGACUCAAAUAUCAUUUAUGAUUCUUAUUUGCAAAGUGCCAGGUAUUGCUUAGAAUCAAAUUGUCUAAAUUAGCUUUCUUAUGAAUUAAAAUUUACAUAUUGUGGAGGCGUUGUUGUAUUUUGGCCAUUUGGCUAUGAUUAUGGCAUUAAUAUUAAUUAUUGUAAUUAAAUGGGUAUAGAUAGGAUUACUAUUAUUUUUAAAUACGAAAUUUAGGGCUCAUUUUGUGGAAUAAGAUAUAGUCUUUCUCCCUCUACCUUAUUAAAGUCAAAGAUAUUCUCUCUACGCUUUAUCAAUUUUUAAAUGAUAUCUGUUGAUACGUUAUUAAUAAGACCUUUAUAUUCAAUAAGAAUUAGCAAUUUUGAUUAGAUUGAGAUAAACCAUUUAUCCUUCCAAUUUACUCAAUCAAGUGCAUUCAUUAUCUAAAAUAAUAAUACCAGAGUGGAUUUAAAUCUGAUUGAUUUUGCAUUUGAAUAUUGUAAUUUUACCAAUAUGCUUUCUUAAUUUUAAAAUUAAAUUUUUGGAGAUAUUAUAGCUAAGAAUUUUUCCAUAUUAGAUUCUACUCUAAUUAAUACUUCAAUCUUUAAUUUAGAAGCAUUUAAAUAAAAUGGAAUAAUAACAAUCAAAACUUUUUUGAUUUAAAGGUGCAUUUUGUAAGAUUCAACCAUAUUUUAGUUUGGAAACGACAAUUUUAAUAUAUUCAUCUCAGAUUUAAUUAUAGAUUAAUGCGAUUUUUAGAAUUCAUCCAUAUUUUAAUUCUAUGAUUAACUUAGAGAUCUGACAUCUCUCACUAUAUAUAAUUUGAAAAUUCAAAAUAGUACAUUUAAUCAAUCAAAUUUAAUCAAGAAUGCCAAUUUAGUUUAAAUAAGUAUAACAAAUCUAAAUUUGAUAACUAAUCAUCUAUUUUCAUCAAAUUUAAUCUCAUUUAAUUAUCAUUUAACCUUACAAACUUCCUAUAUUUAUUAAAAUUAUUUUAUAGAGUCUCAACUAUUAAAAUAGCUCUAAAUAGCAUAUUCAUAUAAAGUAAACGUCAAAAUUGAUUCUCUAACUUUGAAAGAAAAUUAAUUUAAGAAAUAUGGCUUAUUAUUCUUAUACUCAAGUUAAUUAAGUAAUGUUUAUUUGGAUUUAUCAUUCAUCCGUUUAGAAGAGAAUUCAAAGUAAAGUACAAUUGAUGAUUAAAAUGCUCUUUUUAUAAUUUAAUGCUAUUAAUUGAAUAUCUAGGAUGCAGCAAUACUUAAUGUUAAUGAUAUGACCAUAUUAAAAAUAUAUGAAAGCUUUUAAAUUGUAAUUGAAAAUGUUGUGUACCAAAAUAGCAAAUAAGCAUUCAAAGUGCCAUUGUCACCUGAUUGCUAAGGCUAAAUGAAAUGGAAAAAUUAACUUAUUGGAAUAAUUGGAUUCUUUUCUAUAAGGAUUAGAAAUGUUUCAGUUACUAAAUAGUUUAAUAUUGAUUUUUCUAUAAUUGAUAUUAGUUCUAGUCGUGGAUAUUCAGAGGUUUUAUUAGGUAUAAUUUCUAUUGAAAAAUUACGAUUUAAAGAGAAUGUGCAGAUUUCAAAUUAUUAAUAUAAUUUGAUGUCAUUGUUAACAAUUCAUGCUGAGAAUGAACUAACAAUCGUAUUGAACAAUAUUAGCUUUAUUGAAAAUAUUGUACAUACUCAGGUUAAUAGUAACUCGCAAUAAGCAGCUAGUUUAAUGUUUAUAACUUCAUUAGCCAGUACAUUAGCAAUUAAAAAUACCAACAGUGUUAGUAAUGCAUUUACCAAUUCUACAAAUACUUUUAUUAAUAUUAUCUGCAACAAACUAACAAUAACCAAUUUCACAACAACUAAUUCGAAUGUUUUAACUUAGGAGUAAUGGUCUCAAUAUUAUGAUAUUUAAUUAGAAGAAAAACUUAAUUAAGAAAAUAUGAAUAACUUAAUUAUAUAAAUUCUUAAUAUUUAAAAUAUUGGAGGAGCAUGCUCAAUAACAUCAUCAGAAUUCUUUUGCUUUGAUUGCAGCUUCACUAAUAUUUUAGCAUAAAAGAGUAGUGUAUUUUUAAUUAACACCAUCAAUAAAGGACAUAUUGUACUCGAUUAACUAAAAGUAAUUUCAGUUGAACAUAAGAUUUAAUUUAUUACUAACAGCUCAGGAUGCAUAAGUAUAAACUCUUAAAAUAGUUUAUUAAAUCUUGAAAUAACAAAUGCGAUAUUUUCGAAUGUUUUGAAUAGAAUGGCUUCAUCAAUUUUUACAGUAAUUCCCUCAUAAAUUCAGAAUAAAAUUUCCUUUUACAACUCUUAGGUACUGAAUUGUUUCUCUUUAAUAAAUUAAGUUUUCUAUCUAUAAUUUUCACCUCAAAAUAUCAUUAAUAACUUUAUUAUACUCUAAAAUUUAACAAUUAUUUAAACUGAAGAUAAAUGGAAGUAGUACUUUUCCAAUAUAUACUAAAUAAGUGAUACUGAAAUGAUAGAAAUAGCCGGGUAAUCAAAUGCAGUAAUCUACAUUGAAAAUGCUUAAAUUUUUAUAAAGGAAAUCAGCAUUUCAGGUAUAUACUUAUCGACACUUAUGAAGUUUAAUAAUGUUAACUAAUUCGUCUUGCUUAAUUUUGAGCUCUAAGAUAUAUAAUUAUUUUAUCCUUGUAAUGUUAUUGUAAUUGAUUAAAAUGUCGAUAUAAAAAUGAUUAUAUCCUUUUAAUAAGUUUAAAUGAGAAGAAUUAGGCUUUUUAAUACUAAUUAAUCUCUGCAAUAAUCACAAUUUCAUCAUUAUUAAAUCAAAAAUUGCAAACUCUUUUAGGAACUGUCAGAUAGAAGUCCAACGUCAAUAGAUAUCUAAUCUAUUUACAAUACAUUAUUCAAAUUAUCUUAAAAAUCUUUGUCUAUAAUUUAAAUCGCAAGUAUUUUCUUCGAUAACUAAAUCAUAUUCAAUAACAUUAAACUACAGGAUAAUGAAUGUUCUUUUUGUACAGAGGGGCUGAUUUACUUUGAAAUAGAAGACAUAAAAUAUUUAAAGAUAUCAUCAAUUUCAUGCAUCUCAAAUUCAAUAUUAUCCUAUGGUUGUUUAGUAUUUUAUUAAAAGAAUUAAAUUAAUUUUAAUGCAAAAAUAAUGAAUUCCAUUUUUUAUGGUAACAGAGGUAGUAUCGGAGUCGGAAUCACUACUUAUAAUUAAUCACUAAUAAUAGAAUCUUGCAAAAUAUUGAGAAAUAUAGCCAGUUCAUAUGGAGGAGGUGUAUAUUUAGUUGUUAAUAACAAUAGUGUUAUAUUUAAUUAAUCGAUAAUAAUAAAUAAUUAGGCUUAAGAUGGAGGAGGUAUUUAUUUCAAUGGAGAAUAUAAUUUGGAUCACACUAAUUUCAUUAACACUUAAUUGUUAGAUAAUAAUGCUCAAGUUUUUGCAAAUAAUUUGAUAGAAAGCCCAACACAUUUAGCCUUAAUCAUUAAUUAAAAAGAGUUACGCUCUAUCAAUCUUGAAAGUAAUGGUUCUUCAAAUUAAUUAUUAAUAAUUGAUCCAUAUUUGAUUAUCGAACAAGAAAAGUCAUACUAUACGAAGUACCUCAUGCUUCCAAAUGGCUAGGAGAUUAAAAAUUAUGAAAUAGUAUUGCCUAAAAAUUCCAAUCCUUUGUAAUAUAUUUAUGAGAUUGUACUAACUUUUAAAAAUAGUAGGAAUGAAUUGCUUUUUAAUUUAAUUAACUCGACUUGCAGCCUCAAUAGUUUUAUAUAAUAUAAGAAUGGAUCAAUUUAGGAGAUCAGACAAAUAGCAAGUAUAGAUUAUAACUCUAAGAGGAACUAUUUUGAUUUGGGUUUGAUUUCAGUUGUAUUUGAUCCUUAUGAUUAAAAUAAUAAAUAUUUGCAGAUUGAAGCAACUUGCAAAAUGGCUUAAUCAAAUAAAACUCUAAACUACAGCAUGAAUAUCAAAAGUUUUAAGUGUUAGUUGGGUGAAUUUUAUACCUAAUAGGGAUGCUAAAAAUGCAUAGCUAGUUAAGGAUUCUAUUCAGUAACAUACGAUGCCAUAAAGUGUUCGAUAUUUGAUAAAUCAAAAUUCUAAGAAAUAACCUAGAAUAAAAUGAAUUUACUUUAAGGGUUUUGGAGACCUGAUUAUUUAUCUGAUUAUACAAGCUAUUGUUUUAAGAAUAAAGAUUUUUGUAUUGGAGGAUGGAGUUAUGGAAAUAAUUUAUGUCAGAUUGGGCACAUAGGAGCAUUAUGUGAAGAGUGUGAUAUUUAAAAUAUAUUGGGAGGAGGAAAAUAUUUUAAAAAUUAACAUAAUCUAGAGUGUUAGAUCUGCUAAGAAUAAGCCAACAACAUUGCAUCGUUUAUAUUCACAUUAAUAUGGUAUUAUUAUAUUUUUAUUUAAGGGCUAUUUGUUCGAUAAUGCUGACUUUAAAAAGUAUAGAAAAAUCUAAUCUAAUGUUCUCACAGUUAAAGUCCACCGAAAGAUUCAAUAAAAUAUUAUUCAAAUUAAACUAAGGUAUUUAUUAAUUGAAUUUAGAUCAUCAAAGUAUUCUAAUAAAAAUGCUGUUAAAUUACUUAUGGAUAUUUUCCCUAAUCUUUACUUUUAAUUUAUAAUUUUCUAUUUCAUUGUUUUUCAUUGAUUCUGCUAGCAAUACAUCAUAUUUUAUGGCUAAUAAUUUAGAUUGUUAUUUGGCAAAUAUCUAAAAUAUUGAUCUAAUUUAUUCCAAAAUAUUUACUAUGCUGAUUUUUAUUUUUAUGCAAUUUCUAUUCGUUAUCGCAGGAUUUAUGAUCUAUUAAAAUCUAAUUAAUCAAAAAUAUAAUUCUAGCAUAAUUUCAAACACUUUACUUAGCUUAUACAUAUUUAACUAUGCGGGUUUGAUUAAGAUGUAACAAUAUCAUAUAUUUUAGGUUAUGCUCUAUAAUCUCAAAUCGAUCUGUUUCAAAUGUUAAUUAUAUUCAAGGAGAUGUCUCAUUACUUUAUGGUAAUUAGACUCAUUUGGCUUGGAUGUUCUACUUUGUGAUACCAAUCUUAAUUCUUUUUGGAUGCCUAGCUCCAUUUUCACUCUUUAUGAUUAUGUAUUCUAAAAGAAAAUAUCUUGAUUAAAUUAAACUAAGAAGGCAUCUUUGUUAUCUUUUUAAUGAGUAUAAUGAUAGCAGCUAUUUUUGGGAGUAAAUUAAGUUAGUUCAAAAAUUUAUUAUGAUACUUAUUUCAACAUACUUUGAAACCGAAAUAUCGAUGAAAGCAUCUGUAUUUGGUAUAAGUUUACUAUGUUAUUAAUUAUUAACUGUAAAAUAGAAACCAUAUUUAACAUCUCGUUUGAAUAAUUUAGAUUUACAAACUGGACAAAUUUGUUCAUUGUCAAUAUUUCUGGCAACAAUAAAUUAUAUCAGUGAAUAAAAUAAUAAUGGAGUUGUAUCAAUCAUUCUAUAAACGGUGAUACUAUUUUUAUGUGUCAAACUUUGUCACCCUUUUAUUUGGAGCAUAGCAUAGAUCAAUUAUAAAAAAAAUAAAGUGCCAUUGAUGAUCCUUUUAUCAAUUCUGUUCCAGAAACUACAAUUCAAAAGAUGUCUUGACUUUUUAAGUGAUUGCAUUACCAAAGAAAAGGAUAGGGAAUAAAGAAUAAAAGCAAAUUACCUGAAAUUAAAAACUCAUUUAUUUUAAACAUCAAAAGCUGUAUUGACAAACCGAAAGUAUUUAUAAUUAUUAUACUAAGAAAUCUCCUAACUCAAGCCAAUACAUCAUCUAUCAAUUAUUGUAAGAAAUUCAGAAUCAGCGAGAACUUUGCAACAAAUUAAUUUUUUACCCUUGAAACUAAUUGA